AUGGACUCUCUCACCGCUGCACAACGCGUGCUCGAAACACCAGAACUUCUCGAGAUGGUGCUCUCAGAGCUUCCUCCCACCCAAUUGCUCAUCUCCCAACGUGUCAACACACUCUGGCACGACCUGAUCUCAAAUUCACCCCAGCUGCAACAACUGCUGUUCAUGAGACCAACGUGGUCCAAAGCUAAGCCCUUUAACUCACACCUCCCCUGCGAAGCCAACCGACCAAGCGAACGACCCAGAAACAACAUGAUGCUGCGACGAGUGCUGGAUGGUCGCUAUCCGACCUUCACACCCCGAGUGACUAGUGACAAAGAUGAGGAGGAAUAUGCGGACAAGGGUGUAGAGGCUCCAGACACAAACCCAGACGACAUCGCUAGCAUCCCUCGAUCUCUGAAGAGUCCUUCGAGCUAUUGGACCUGGGACGUCAACGUGAUGUACCCCAGCGACAACCUUCCUACCGACGAUGUGAUCAACCACCCACAGGCUAGUUGGCGUCGUAUGUAUAUGUGCCAACCACCCUGCACGGAGCUAUACCUUGCCCGUCGUUGGUGCCGAGCAGCCAAGCCUGCGAUAGCUUGCGAGGAUGGCAUCACCAUGGACAUGUUCAUUGAAAAGGCGAACAAGGCCCGCGAGCUCUGGAACCAGCUGUUCAUCUCCAGCGAUGGUGAUUGGCACUUCGAGGGCCCCAUGCGCAGCAAGUGA